AGAAUCUCCCGGGCUACCAAUGAAUCUACGUGUAAAAGUGGGUGGAAAAUGGCCGCCGUUGUCGGCGACAGUCCGCAGUAAACUAAACCAAACGCCCUCGAAACCACCGAAGAAAUCACUCCAGUUUACUAAAAACUGUAGAGUAGAGCCUCCAAGAUGAUCGGAGGACUCUUCAUCUACAACCACAAGGGCGAGGUGUUGAUAUCACGCGUUUAUCGCGAUGAUAUCGGCCGAAACGCAGUGGAUGCUUUCCGCGUGAAUGUCAUCCAUGCCAGGCAGCAAGUGCGAUCGCCAGUGACGAAUAUUGCUCGCACCAGCUUCUUUCACAUCAAAAGAGCUAACAUUUGGCUAGCUGCAGUGACAAAGCAGAAUGUCAAUGCUGCCAUGGUCUUUGAAUUUCUCUUGAAAUUCAUCAAGUAAUGCAAAAGUUAUUUCGGAAAAAUCAGUGAGGAGAACAUCAAGAGCAACUUUGUCUUGAUCUAUGAGCUGUUGGAUGAGAUCCUGGACUUUGGGUAUCCACAAAACUCAGACACAGGUGUUUUGAAAACGUUUAUUACUCAGCAAGGCAUCAAAUCUGCUACCAAAGAAGAGCAGGCUCAGAUAACCUCCCAAGUUACUGGACAAAUUGGCUGGAGAAGGGAAGGAAUCAAGUAUAGAAGGAAUGAGCUGUUCCUUGAUGUUUUGGAGCAUGUUAAUCUACUCAUGUCUCCUCAAGGACAAGUUUUAUCUGCUCAUGUUGCUGGGAAAGUCGUAAUGAAGUCCUAUCUCUCUGGAAUGCCCGAAUGUAAAUUCGGCAUCAAUGAUAAGAUCGUCAUGGAAGCCAAGGGUAAAGGAGGACUUGGUGGACCCGCGGAAACUGAAGCUACACGUUCCGGUAAACCUGUUGUGGUUAUCGAUGAUUGCCAGUUCCACCAAUGUGUGAAACUGAGCAAAUUCGAAACCGAACACGCGAUUAGUUUCAUCCCACCCGAUCAGGAGUUUGAAUUGAUGCGUUAUCGCACCACUAAGGAUAUCUCCCUACCAUUUAGGGUUAUACCCUUGGUUAGGGAAGUGGGAAGGACCAAGAUGGAGGUGAAAGUUGUGCUUAAAAGCAACUUUAAGCCUUCUUUAUUGGGUCAGAAGAUAGAAGUGAAAAUCCCGACGCCAUUAAACACUUCUGGUGUACAAUUGAUCUGCUUAAAAGGCAAAGCCAAGUAUAAAGCGUCUGAAAACGCGAUUGUUUGGAAGAUUAAACGCUUGGCAGGCAUGAAAGAGACGCAAUUAUCCGCGGAGAUUGAAUUAUUGGAGACAGACACGAAGAAAAAGUGGACGCGUCCGCCGAUUUCGAUGAACUUCGAGGUACCUUUCGCUCCGUCCGGGUUCAAAGUGAGGUACCUCAAAGUCUUCGAGCCGAAACUCAACUAUUCGGAUCAUGAUGUGAUCAAAUGGGUGCGGUACAUCGGUAAGAGCGGUCUGUAUGAGACGCGGUGUUAAAUUUUGAUGUUUUCAAUGGCCACGAAAUUGAUAUUCGAAUAGCAGAAGGAUGGAACAACGGAACUUUAGUCAAAGAACAAUAUUUUAAAUUUUAAUUAUUGUUAUUACCGAUUUUGACCACCUAUUAUUUUAAAAACCCAUUGUAUCUUGUGCUGAUGUAAAUGUUUUAGAAACUAGAUGAGAAACCCAUGAUUCCAUUAGAGUUUAAGUUUAUUGUCAUGAAUUAUGUUUCAAUUAUGAUUGUUUUAGCCAAAAUUAUGCAAAUAUCAUGCUGAAUAUUAGCCUAGCUCUAUGAAAUAAGUAGACUCAUGUUAUCAAAGUGAACUUUGUGACUGGUCAGUGCAACACUAGAUAAAUAAUCGCGAUAUAAUUGCAUGUUACAUUGUACGAGUACUCAUUAUGCUGGAUUGUAAAACGCAAAAAAUGUUACACAAUAAAUAUAUACUAAGUGGAUAAUAAA